GAGCAAAUCAACCCACUAACCAACCCGCUAACUUUCAGGAUUCCUUUCCCCUUCCCUUUCCUCCAAGCCGACCCAAUUCGCUAGAACUCCCUAUCGGAAUUACGCAAGGUCACAGUACAUUUAAGUACUCCGUAAUAACUUACUAACCUACGUAUGUACUCCAUUAAACUGCCCCUCCACAUUGGACCCCUGGCGGAUGAAUAGGCUCCAUUCUUCUUUGUUUGCGCUUCACAGCCUCAAGGAGACUCCGUGCUCCCAAGAAAGUGUGUUUGUUAUAUAGACUGACCCAAGUCGGAUAGCACUUGAUUUGACCUUUCUCUCUUUGUCACAUAUCAACCAAUUCCCAACAUGGCAUACAACAGACCAUACAACCCCGACGAGCUGCCCAGGUUCGCCGAACCGGAACCUAAAGGCGGCGCCGCUCCUUCUUCCUCCAGAUAUGAUAGUAAACCCCCGCCGCCGCUGCCACAGCAGCACGUGUCCUCAGGUCGGCCUCAUCAAAACUCCGAUCCUCGUCGACUGCAAUCCUAUGGCCACCCGGCCAACUCGCCCAUGUCGCCGCCACCCCAGGCAUCAGGUCCCCGUCCUUCUGCCCACAACCGCCCUCCCCCGAGCAGCAGGCCGCCGCCUUCGCCCGCUCCACAAGACGGCCACGAUUCAUCAUUGUUGCCAUUGUUCAGGGCAGUAGACAAAGAUGGCACUGGACAGCUCUCCGAGAAGGAGCUCAGCGCCGCCCUUGUCAACGGCGACUGGACGGCCUUCGACGCACACACGGUGCGCAUGAUGAUUCGCAUGUUUGACAGUGACCGAUCGGGUACCAUUGGUUUCGAAGAGUUCUGCGGGCUGUGGUCCUUCCUGGCCUCUUGGCGGACGCUCUUCGACCGCUUCGACAAGGACCACUCGGGCAACAUCUCACUCGAGGAGUUCACCGAUGCCCUCAUCGCCUUCCGCUACCGUCUCUCCACGCGCUUUGUGCGCCUCCUGUUUGACACGUACGACAAGCGCAACGAGGGCGUUAUGAGUUUUGAUCUGUUUGUCCAGGCUUGUAUCAGCCUCAAGAGGAUGACGGAUGUGUUCAAGAAGUACGACGAGGAUCGCGAUGGAUAUAUCACACUGAGCUUUGAGGACUUCCUGGAGGAAAUCUUGAAGCAGUUGAAGUGAGCGGCGAAUCUCGCGAAUGAUUGCUUCAGAAAGCAU